CAACAAUCGUGAAAAUGUUCAGAAAAGGGAUUGCGAUUAUCUAAUAGUUAUCUACAAGUGUGCUGUGAGUCAAGUGGGCGUUCCGAAAUUAAAAUCGUCGUCAAGGAGCGUUUGUUUUAUUAAUUUCGGAAGACAACGUCUACAAUGGCAAGUUUAUUAAACGCGGAGCUGCCGAUAAACAAAUACAACAGCAAGAUCAGGAAAUGUUUGCAACGUUUUCUGGAUCCGAAUUUCAAAGUCAGAAAUGAUGUUUACUUGAAUUCACUGUAUUUGAAUAUCACAAAAUUAGAACUCUCUGAAGAAUACCCAUUAGACACCGAUCCCUAUAUAAUAUGGCUGAAGAAGGCGUUGAACGCUUGGAGCUCAGGCUCACACCCUUCUCCCUGCGUUAUCACAUUCUCGUUGAACCUCACCAGCUACCUGUGCAAAAGAGAGCUGACUUUUGUUAAGUUACAGACAUUCCAAUGUCUCGACAAGCUAGUUCUCAUGUUCAGUCUCGACGACAUAUCCAUUUCACAGAAUCUGAAGCACGCUUUCAUUAAAAUUUUGAACGCCUGCUUAGAACACGAGGGUGGGGUGAGAUGGAUCAUGACGACUAAUUUUUGUUGCAACGUGCUGGCGUUCAUCCUGACAAACCAGACCAUUUACAUAACGCGCGAGGGAUACAAAUUUGUGGCUGGGUUGUUGGAGAAAGCAUCGAAAAUUGAUUUAGAAUACUGUGUGAAUUUUAUCGAAAUUAUUUUGUCGCCGCUGAAGGAACAGUAUCAGUUCAAUAGAGAGAAUGAUGAGCAGGUGGCGAUAAUAGACAACGACGCAUUGUUUCGUAAUUUAGAACCAACACUGCUUCUAUUGAGUGGCAUUUUUGAAAUAUUCUUAGAAAAUAUCACUCCAGCAAGUGAUUUUGUUAUUAUUAAAAUGUUUAUGCAAAGAUACGAAAUCGAGGAUGUCAUCUAUAAGUACUUUGUAAUCUCUCAAUGCAAAGAAUUCGCUUUGUGUUUAUCAAAGGUAUUGCUUCCAAUCCCAUUUUUUGUAUUGUCAGAAGAAGUUCUGAGAGCCAGAGAGAUGAACAGUUAUAUUGGAACGAAAUUUUUAAAGAAAUUAUAUAAAGUUUUUACCGAAAGUAUUAACAAAAAUUAUACGGAUAAUAUUCUUCAACUCUGCUACUGGAGCAGCAAGUAUGAGAAAAUUGCUUUUAAAGAUCUGGUAAAGCAAGUAUUAGUAAAACAAGAUAAACCAGAAGAUAUUUUUGAGCAUCAAAUGCUUUUGUUACAAAGUAUUCCAAUAAUCGGAAUAGGGUACAAAUUGAGAGAUGAACAAAAAGAACUCCUUGAACAGGACGAAAUUAGAGGGUUAUUUAUGGACAAGGUCUUUAAAAGGACAACCCAAUCCACUAUGAGGACCAUCUAUAACUGGAGAAAGUAUAAACUCACCGCUCCUAUAUCAUUCGAUGAUGCCACACUAUCCCUAAACUAUCUCUUAAAAUCACGAGUAUUUUAUUCCCGUACACCGGCCAUUAUGGCUUUUCAAUCAAUGAUAUAUUGUUUGAACGAUUUGAUCCACACUCUAAAGGAAAAACCGGAAUUCGUAAUGACGCUAUCUGAAGAGCAAACUUUCCUCGCGACUCUCCUGGAAGCAAUAGCAAUUUAUGUGGCUGAAUACGAAAUCACGUGGCGCGACAGCGUGGAAACAAUCUGCGUGAUGGAUCUGGUCUUUGAGUUACUUAAGUUCCCACAUUGGAGCACCACAGUGGUAGUUAAAGCACUAAAACUGAUCGAGAUCGCAGUUUCCAAGUAUAUGACUCCGAACAUGGUGUUGCUGGUCGAUAUUAAUAAGGACUCGGCAAUAGGCAUGAUCGGAACACUACUCUAUGGGAAGCUGCACGAUCCGACUUGGGAAGUUCGAGACAGCGCUCUAGAAGUUUUACGGACUAUUUCGGAAAAUGCUGUUUCAAAGUUCCCAUCAUUUCAGAAAGUUAUAUUAGAGUCAGAUCUUACAAGCCUUGUGAUUAAGAUGGCGUUAAACGACAGGGAAAGCUUCGUGAGAAUGACUGCAGUCAAAUGUUUGCAGUGCAUGAUAGUGAUUAAUGAUCUGUGGAUUGACAUCAAAGAAGUACAAAAUCUACAUAAUUGCAUGUUAAACUCUAUUAUUUAUGAGACUGAAGCCAUUGUGCGAAAAGAAGUGGUUUGUUUGGUCACUAAGUCAUACGAAAAUCAAUUGUUCCCCGACAAGGUGAUUGAUAGAGUGUAUGAUACAAUGUGCCACGCUUCGUUAUCCGAUCUUCAUUGGGAAGUUAAAGUAAACGCUCUUAGUUUUUGGGAGCAAGUUAUAAAACUUCAUCUACAAAAUCAAGGAAUGAUUGACGGCAUCUUUCCCAAGAUGACGUUUUCCAAAGAAACUAAGAAAAUCGUUACCCUUACGAACGCCGAAAUUCAAAAAAGACUGAAUAAAGUAUUAAAUCAGCUGAAUUGGACCGGAUGUCUUUCAGUUUUGAUUUCGGGUAUUAAGGACGACUGCGAUCUGGAGGUCUCCAAGAAAGCUCUGGCAAUUACGCAGCCGUUCCUAAACCUCUUAAAACAGUAUGAAGUUGACUCUUGCAAUAUCGAAAACAACACACCUCCCAGCCCAUUGCAUAUGAAUUUUAACAAUUCACCAGCCCCAAGUUCAUCCUACAGCGACCACGGAAGCAGAACUGAUGAAUCCAUAGCCAGCCCUUUUUCAGUGAAUUCUCCAUACUUAAGUUCCGUCGAUUCUGGAAUUAAUACGAACAGUCCUGUGUAUGCCCCAGUUCCAGAUUAUUCUGAGGAUAUUGUAGAAGAUAUAUUGAACAAUCGAGACUUAAACUUACUUCAAGGAAUGCUAAAUCCAGAUGAUCGCCCUCCUAAUGGUGUUUUGCCCCUGAAAAAAAGGCGAACGACUACACCAAAAGAAUUUUUGGAGUUCACAAGUCAAGACCUAGAACGUUUGAUUGGCGAAAAACAAAAUUGGAUCAAAUCAAUAGACGACUUCGAUUCGUUGUUGAACGAUAUAUUACGAGAAUAUCAUGAAGAUAAUAUAAAUAACAUGGACUGUUACUAAAUGAACAAGAAUAAGGAAUUUAUUUUUUUAAUCAAAAUUCAAAAUCCACAUUAUUUACUGAAUUUCCAUUAGCUGAUCUAUAAGAUGUUAGUAUUAACCAUAACUAUAAAUGUGAAACAUUUGUACAUUUUUAUUGAUAUUGCAAAAUUUAAUUGUUAUGAAUUUUUGUCUAAUAUAAUUUUUUAAAUUAU